AUGGAGAAUCAUUCAAGGAGCUUAAGGAGGCAGCAGAGAGAAGGAAAAAAACCCAUUCAAAAGCCGCUUUGCAGACUGUGCGAGUGUCCGACGUCGGACGGCCACGUCCUCGCGUCGCAGGUGGACAGGUUCAAGCUGAGGAAAUGGGCCAUGAAGGCCAUGAACCUUACGGAAGAGAACGAAAACCUGCCGGAGGUGGUCGGAGAAGACGCUUUGAUCUGCUAUUUUUGCAUCUGGCAGGCAGAGUUUGGGGAUGAGUCUGGUGACGAGGCUGUGGCUUGGUGGCCGAAAAACCUUGAAUUGGAAGAAAACGCUAAGGUGCUUCGGGAGAAUUAUUCAGUUGGAGAAGUAGAACAGUGUUGGGUGCAGUUGGAAGAGGUUGAACUUGCUAAAAACACCAAGGAAAUCGCUAAGAAGAGGAAAUACGUCAGUGGAGUGUGUCUUUACUGCAGCAAGAGAUACAACGAUCUGAGACAGCACGUCAGAAGGCAACACAAAGAAGCCAUCAAAUGCGGAAUUCGGGACUGCACGACAUAUUUUCACACUGAGGAGGAAAAAGAGCAGCACAUGCAGAACUAUUGUUACAAGAAACAUAGCAAACCAAGCGAAAGCACGGAAAUUCGUUGCAAAUUUUGUGAAGAUGUUAAUAUAUUUUCCUCAUGGACAACGUGGAGAAAGCACAUGAAACGUUAUCAUCCGGAAUUGUCGGUGGCAUGCAGGCAUCACGGCUGCAAGGAGUACUUCAAAUCCAAGCCCAAGAUGGUUCUCCACGUGAAUUCGAUCCACAAACAAGACAUAAAUCAAGUUCUUUUCCAGUGCAAGCAUUGCGAGUAUUUCACAACGUUGGAAUAUAAUUUGAGAAAACACGAACAGUCGAGGCACAAGCCAAAGAUCUUCAAAUGCGACAAUUGCGACGCAAAAUUCGGGUCAAAAGUGUUGGUCAAUUCUCACUACAAACAAUAUCACACAUUCUACAGGUGCAAAUCUUGCGGCCAGGACGAGGCUCUCAAAUACAAAGCACCCCACAGAGAGCCAUCGGUUUGCUCCAGAUGCAAACUCCGUUUUGAGUGCUUGGGUUUGUACCAAUCGCAUAGGAAGGGCUGCAAACAAACCCUCCUAAGUUGCAAAGAGUGUGGAAAACAGUUCCCAUUGCCUUGCAGGUUGAAUCUACACGUGAGACGAGUUCACACCAAAACUGAGAUUUUUCACUGCGAACAUUGCGACUAUUCGGCAUGUGAAAAGAGCAAUAUGCGGGAGCACUUGCGACGCAAACAUGUUCCAAAGACUGUUAAGUGUGAUGAGUGCGACAAAUGGUUUGCCUCUGAAUCAUUUCUCAAGAUCCACAAACAGAGGUGGCACAAAUACGUUCGUUGUGCAGAAUGUGCUCAGGAGAUAUGCCAUGAAACCAUGCUUAAACAUCGAACUGCCAAGACUUGCUGCCACUGCGAUUGCAAGUUGAAGUGCUCGGGACUUCUUCAAAAGCAUAAAAAGAGCUGCAAUCCAACCCUUUUAAAUUUAAGUUGCAAAGAGUGUGGAAAAACGUUCAACAAGUGCUGGAAGUUGAAUUGCCACGUGAAACAAGUUCACAAUAAAAGUGCGAUUUUUCUCUGCGACCAUUGUGACUUCUCUACAUUUAACAAGAGCCUAAUGGAAAGGCACAUUCAAAUCGUACAUUUUCCGUAAGACUGUUAGGUGUUGAAAGUGCAGCAAUUGUUUUCCAGGGAAUAUUUUUAAGCGUCACAAGCACAGGCGGCACAAUGUGCUCACAAUCAGGAGAUUCGCCGUCAAACAAUAUUUAGACAUCGGACCAAUAAAAGACUUGCCGCCGCUGUGAGUGCAAAAGUUUAGUGCCAAUCAGGGACUUCUUGAAAAGCAUAAUAGGAAGAGUUACCAAAAUAAUAAUUGUGACAAGUGCCUCAAAUUGUUUAGGCAAGAGACACGUUCGUAUAGUUUGUAUUGAUGCAUAAAUAAAAUAGCU